ACCCUAAAAAAAACCCUAACUUAUUUCAAUCUCCAUCUCUCAGUUUUUUCGCAGACUGAGAAAAUGGAGUUAAAGUUCGGAAAGAAAGCAACAAUGGCGGUAACUAAGAAGAACACGAAGAAGAAAGAGAAGCAGGAGAAUUUAAAGGAAAAGCGGAGGGAUGAAACUAAGGAGAAAGAAUCGAGUAAAAAUUUGCAGAAAAAAUCCAAGGAGAAAAAAGUUAGAAGUAGUUUGCAGAAAAAAUCCAAGGUGAAAAAAGUUAGAAGUAGUUUGCAGAAAAUCAAACUAUCUGAUGAUGAAGAAGAAGCAGAAAAAUCAUCUCAAAUUUCAGAAUAUUAUUCCGAAGAGGAGGAAACCUCUGGAGAUGAAUUAAAUGUUAAUGUAGACGGUGCUUCGCCUAGUAGAACCGUUGUAGCUCGUAAGCGCGGUGACACGAAUACGAGUGGUGGCGUUAGUGACGAUAAUGAUUCUUUUCAUUCGGCUGUAGAGAGUGAUUCCUCAGAAGACGAGGUUGCUCCUCGAAAUACUAUAGGAGAAGUUCCAUUGGAGUUUUACAAGGAUGAGGAACACAUUGGUUAUGAUGUUAUUGGGAGGAAGAUUAAGAAGAAGGACAGGAAAGAUAAACUCGAUGCUUUUCUCGCCAAUGUCGAUGAUAAGAAAUCAUGGCGGAGAUUUAUUGAUGAAUACAACGACGAAGAAGUGGAAUUGACGAAAAAAGAGACCAAGAUGAUUAAUCGUAUAUUGAAAGGAAAGACACCACAUGCUGAUGUGAAUCCUUAUGAGCCAUAUGUUGAUUGGUUUGUCUGGGAAGGUAAAGGCCAUCCUCUGUCAAAUGCACCAGAGCCAAAGAGACGGUUUAUUCCCUCUAAAUCAGAGGCCAAGAAGAUCAAAAAGUAUGUACGGGCAAUCCGAGAAGGAAGAAUCACAUUUGAAAAACCCAAAGAAAAGGAAAAGGUCUACCUAUUAUGGGGUGAUGAUUCUAGUUCAUCAGGAAAAACAAGAGGAUUAUCCUACAUUCCUCCUCCAAAAGCAAAAUUGCCUGGUCAUGAGGAAGCUUACAAUCCUUCCUUGGAAUACCUACCAACUCAAGAAGAGAUUAAUUCAUAUCAGCUAAUGUAUGAGGAAGAUAGACCUACAUUUAUUCCCACAAGUUAUACAUCUUUGAGAAGUGUCCCAGCAUAUGCCAAUUUUCUCAAGGAAUUAUUUGCCCGCUGUUUAGAUCUGUAUCUGUGUCCUAGAGUUAUUAAAAAGCGUGUUAAUAUUGAUCCUGAAUCCUUGAAAAAAAAGUUGCCUGAUCCCAAGGAUCUUAGACCUUAUCCUACAACAUGUUAUAUUGAGUACAAGGGUCACAGUGAAGCUGUUGUCACUAUUUCAACUGAUUCUUCUGGGCAAUGGAUUGCUUCUGGUUCAACUGAUGGUACUGUACGUGUUUGGGAGGUUGCUACCGGAAGAUGUGUCCGUGUCUGGGAAGUUGGCAGUUCUAUCCGGCAAGUUGCAUGGAAUCCUUCACCAGAUCUACCAAUUUUGGCCGUCUCCGUGGACCAAGACGUGCUUAUUCUAGAUACUGGAUUGGGAAGUGAAGAAGAGCAGGGGAAAAUUAAAGAUCUUUUGCACAUGCAGAAAUCUACGAUUUCUGAUGAAUCGGGUGAUGCUGCCAUUGUAAGCUGGCUGUCUGAUGACAAAUUAGGUGGUCUUAGAUUGAAGCAUUCUAAGACCGUGACAUCAAUUGAAUGGCACCGUAAAGGAGAUUAUCUCUCAACAGUGAUACCAGCAGGUGAAUCUCGAGCGAUAAUGAUACACCAGCUGUCUAGAAAAGGAAGUCAGAGAAUCCCUUUCAAGUUGCAUGGACUUCCAGUCUCUACGGCUUUUCAUCCAGUUCGUUCAAUUUUCUUUAUCUCAACCAAGAAAAAUGUUCGUGUGUAUGAUUUACUCAAGGAAAAAAUGAUCAAAAAAAUUGAUACAGGGCUGCGUGAAGUUUCGUGCAUUGCAGUGCAUCCCGGUGGUGAUAAUGUGAUUAUCGGGAGUAGAGAAGGAAAGUUGUGUUGGUUUGACAUGGAUCUCUCCUCCGUAAAACCUUAUGCAAACCUGAAGAUUCACAAAAAGGAUAUCACAAAUGUGUCCUUUCACCGCUCAUAUCCUUUAUUCGCUUCUUGUUCGGAGGAUGGUAAAGCAUAUGUUUUCCAUGGCAUGGUUUAUUCGGACUUAAACCAGAAUCCUCUCAUUGUUCCGCUGCGAAUUCUCCAAGAGAAAAACGGCAUUCUGGAUUGCAAGUUUCAUCCUAGGCAACCCUGGUUAUUUACUGCUGGUGCUAAUUCUGUCAUCAGACUUUAUUGUCAUUAGGAAGACUAACUAACCGUCCUCAUUAUUUCAUUAACAUGAAACAUUUGCAUUUGUCACCGAAAACGUAAAAAAAAACUAUCAUAAAUUGUGGAAACAACCAAGGAUAAAAAAAAAAAAAAAAAAAAUCUUAUGUUUACUAUGCUAGCGCUUCUGCAGGAGCUGUUUUUUGUAGAGUAGAUUUUUUUUAAUUUAUUUUGCUAUGAUAUUUAUAAUAUAUGAAUGAUGUCAUUAAAUAUUCAUGACUGUGACGUUGAUGUAAAGCUUUAGAUACUACUAAAUUUUGUUUUGAGCGACUGGUUUUCCUUGUAUUUGGAGAACUCUUGUAUCUGCUCAAGGAUGUAUUGUUGUAGCAUACAUAGUUUUACAAGCAGCAUAAAAAAAUCAAUGUUAUUGUAUUUUGGUAUAAUUUUUUUUUUUCAGGCUUGAAUUGUCA